AUGAGAAUUCAACAAGAAGAAAAAGAACAUUCUACAAUGCCAACACCACAGAGUGAGCUUCAAUCUCAACAUGAUGUGCUUGAAGAAAUGUCUUCAGAUGAUAGUAUGAAGAGUUUAGAAGAUUCAGAUGAAAGUUAUAUUCCUCCAAAAGGUAUACAUUUGGAACAGGAACAACAGAUAAAUAUCACCUUACGUCCUCAUCGUCAUAAUAAGUUAGAAGCUAAUUUCACAGAGUUGGAAAUACCUAACACUUAUGUAGAAGCAAUGAAUAGCCCAAAUUCUCAACAAUGGAAGAAAGCUGUGGUUGAAGAGCUUCAGUCACACGAAGAAAAUCAAACUUGGCACUACUGCAUGCAAGAUGCAUCUGACGCUGACAACUUGAAUUGGGAAUACAGGAUGUUUAGUGACUGUAUGGAUUCGUACACAAACUUCUUCCACAGAGUAGCGUAA